AUCGAGCGUCCCCUCCAGAAAUUAACGGCUUGAAAACACUUCCGGGUGUGUUUGGCUCUUCCUCGCUUUAGCUUCAUAACUUUUUAAACAGAGUUUGGUUCAGUUUUUUAAGUUCGUAACAUCUAAAUAUGAACAGUUAACGAAAGACCGGAGACAAAGAAGGAGGAAAGUUAACGAUUGGAGGAAGAAGAAAAAGGAGGAGUUUGUUUUUAAAGCUGUGAAGUAGGAAGAAGAAAAGUGGGCGGAGCAAGAGGAUGGAGGGGGCGGGGCAGAGAGGAGGCGUCGGCCUGGCAACUGGCGUCAAAGACGAGGAGACUCCUCCGAGGGAAGCAAACAGUAACUGCAACCACACAGACAACGGUGUCACUUCCUGUCCAGCUGAAGCCACGCCAGAGGUCACCAUGGAAACAGAGCAGAGCAAAGUGACACCGCAGAAACCAGGAAGUGGACCUGUGGUUGUUCAAGGCAACAACAAGAACCCAGCCAGUGAGAAGCUGCAGAGAGUCCGCAAGUGGAGCAUCACCACCUAUAAGUGUACCAGGCAGGCUCUGUCAGAGAAGCUCGGUCGUGGAUCUCGUACGGUGGAUCUGGACCUGGAGCCUCGUAUCGAGCUGCUCAAAGACGACCGACAGCGCUACGAUAACAUGACCAAGCUGGCUCAGACGCUGGCCAAUCAGCUCGCUGAGUUCACAGUUACCCAGAAGACCCUGGGGGACACCUUCACCGAGCUCAGCCUCAAAACACCAACACUGCAUGUGGAGUUUGGUGUGAAUGGAGAGGCUCAGAAGUUUCUGUCUAAGAGCGGUGAGACUCUGACAGCGGCCAUUAACGCCUUCACGUCCGACAUGACCACUCUCGUCAACAAAACCAUCGAGGACACUAUGAUCAACGCCAAGCAGUACGAGGCUGCCAGGAUCGAGUACGAUGCGUACCGAGUCGACCUGGAGGAGCUGAAUCUGGGGCCCCGGGACGCCAUCACCCUGCCCAAACUGGAGCAGGCCCAGAAAGACUUCCAGAGCCAGAGGGAGCGGUACCAGAGGAUCAGAGACGACCUGUCCGUCAAAAUCAAGCUGCUGGAGGAGAACAAGGUCAAAGUCCUCCAAAACCAGUUGUGGCUGCUCCACAGCGCCGUCGCUGCUCACAGUUCGUCGUGUCACAGUUUCCUCGAGCAAAACAUCCGGCAGGCUGGCAAACACCUCAGCAACCCCAGCGUGGACGCCCCCUCCUGGCUGGAGGAAAGUUGACACAACAACAACAACCAAAAUUGGCCAGAUUUGGGUUCGGAAGAUGUUUUGGGAUAAACGGACGCUAUUGAUCGCAAAGUUAGGGACAGGAUUGUUUGGUUUUUGGAUGGAUUUCCAGCUUCUGGAAAGCUCUGGAAAACUGAGUGUUCGCUACAGAAACGGGGAGUUAAAAUUAUUUUGGAUGUUGAAUGGGUUUCCUGGGUCCUGACAUACGUCCUGCAGGCCUGCAAAGGCUUAUAAAAGCUAGAAUUUCAUUACUUUUCAGGUCUUAAAAUGUUGUGGAACAGGUUUUGAAAGUUUUGAAAAGUAUGUUCAUUAUUUUUAACUUGUGAAAUGAUAUUUAGGACAAAGGCGGGUCUCAAGAAUGAUCUCUCUUUCUAUACAUACUAUACAUACAUUCACAGACAUACAGUACUUGCGACUUCUGACCUGUUUUCUUGCCUCUGUCUCAGCGCGUUGGGGAGUAAAUCCAUCUAAUCCUCUGUGAGGCACUAAGCCUUUCUUUGAACUUUAAAAAUCCUGAGCCACUGCAGUCAGAAACUCACAGUGACCAAAAGCGCCUCAACACCACUGCAGAAAAACAGCUUCACUGUCUACAAGGGCUGGUACGAUCCACAACUCUGCACCAGCUGGCUUCCUAUAGACAGUUCUGCUUUGGAUCUGGGUCCAGGUUGAUAAGAUACCUGGACUCUUAUUGAAUCAUCCUUCUUGUUCUUUUUUAUUAGCAAUAAAAACAUUCAAGUAGAAGCUUCUUUUUAGCCGGGAUAAUCACUUUUGGCGUUUGAAAUGACAAAUGUUUCCGGCAGCAGAUCAUAUUCAGCUGGAGCUAAUUAACGUUAAUGCCAGAAGUUAUUUACUAAAAUGAAACUUGGCUGUUCUCUGGUUAAUGUGUUCUCUGCAAGCCGGUGUUUGUUUUUGGCCAAAGAUUAUUUGUGAGGUAAAAGAAGCACAUUUUAGUAUCACCACUCUACGAUUGCAAAAGUGGACUGUGUGUUUUUGAAGUUCAACAAGACCAACAGAGUGAUGAGUCUUCUCUAGAGAAAUGAACAGCUGAUCUCAUCACAUCGAUUUCAAAUUGUCGGAAUCUCCUGGUUAAACUUUAUUCCACAUCAUAUCAAUCAUUUAUGCUUGUCAACUUAAUCAGGACCUCCAGUAUUUGAAUUAAGUAUUUGGUGAAAAAUAAGAUGUAAAAGUAAGUAGACUAUACAUGUUAUUCUAAUGUGUCAGAUACGUUUAAUCAACAUGCCAUAUCGUUUGUGGCUCUUCUCAUUUUCAGAUUGUAGCUACAGGUUGUGAACAAAAAUUAGGCAACCACUCAAAAGUAAAAAUCUUCUAGUAACAUUAAACAUUUGUUACAAAUGUUGACAGCUGAACCCAAAUAAGGGAUUAGAAAGGAUUCAGAUUUGAUAAAAUGCUAUCAAACUCCAGCACCAGCAUGCUACACGUUGAGGAAAGAGUUGGACUAUAAACUUAACUUUCCAGCUACAUACUUUCAGCAGCACCUUCCUGGUCAUUUCCUUCUCUGGUUUACAUGACAAGACGCUCAGCAAGUAUGUCGAUGAUAUUGCCUUGUUCGUUGUUAAACACGCGUUAGUUGUAGCCAAUCUUUUAGGCAAGGUUUCACCCAUAGCCAAAGGUUUUGUGUUUAUUAACUGUGUCUCCCAUCAAACCCUAUAUCAUCACUGCUGCUGGAAAACAGCUUCACUGUUCAUAACACUCCACCAGCAUGCUACACGUUGAGGAAAGAUUUGGAUGAUUAAUGGAUGUCUACCUGCAAGGCUAACUUGCUAGCCAAAGAUUUAGUUUCAGCAGCACUUUUCUGGUUGGCUGCUGGCCGUUUCUUUCUCUGGUUUACAUGACAAGAUGCUCAGCAGUCUGUUGAGACCAAUAAUUUACUACGAACCAAAAAAUGUUGCUGUAUGUUGACGAUGUUGCCUUAUUUGUUGGAGAGGUUGGCUGUAACUAAUCUAGCCAAUCAGUAACUAACGUGUAAGUGUUUAUUUGUUGUCUGUCUGAUCUAAUGAUGUGAUAUCAUAAGUCUAUAAGCCCCUUUUUUAAGUUUAGACCUCAACCAAGACUUCCUAUACAUUUUUGAUGAUCUAAAAUUGCGUCCACCACCCACAGUGGUUAGUACUUCUCACUGUAUCCACUUACACUCCACUUACAUUCCACUUGAUAGACAGCUAAUAUUAAUUAAAUAAAAAUUAUUUUAUAUAUCAGACAGCCUCACAGUAAGUCUAGUGUGUUAAUUUUCUACAACUCAAGAAGGUUAUCGAUUUUCUUGUUUAUUGGUGUUGAAAAGCUACCGACUGACCGCCAGAUUAUUCAUGUCUGCUCCAUGAAAGGCUUCAUUAUCAUGAAUCUCUGAGCCAUCAUUCAAGUUUAAAACCAAUGUACACCUUUUACAAAACUUUAAAAAAAAAAAAAACUGUUUUUCAAAAUCAUGUUUUCAGUCUUGAAAUACUGUGUUGUAAAAGGCCUAAGAGAUUAUAUUCAGUUUAGUUGAAAAUACUGAAUAAAUGUGCUGCAUUUUUGUAUGUUUUUUGUUUUUUUUCUGAUUGAGACCAAACGUUUGGUGGCUCUCCUGUUCAUCCUGAUUACCAUUUGAUGGACAAAAUAAUAGAAACAUGACAAUAAGAUGCAAUUCAAUGUAACAGCCAGACAUUUGUGAAGCUUAAACGCCCAGCUGUUGUUCAGUCUGAGGUUUUCAUUAAACUCAGGGGUGAGUUUUAAGGCUGUGUUGAAUUGAAUUGCACUGUAAUUUAAAAUGUUGCUGUUAUUUUGUCCACCUGCUGAAUGUCCUCACACUCUUUGCACUCUAUUCAAAGCAUUAUCUGCCUUAAAUGUCUCCUGUGAUACUGUUUGAUGAAAUGUUUGGUGAAUUGACUCCUUUCAGACCAUUUUGUGAAAAUAUAUGAAUGUGUUUUUGUUUGUCACUGUACGUCAGUGUACAACUAUGCAAUGCUUUUGUGCAAUAAUGUCUCGAAAACCUUACCUUAAACCCUACCUGUACACUGCUAAUGACUUUGUCUCCUGUCCCGCCAGAAUUAAAUAUUGCCUUAAAGGGAAAUUCCACUCAAUUUAAAAAAUUUAAAACAGUUGUUGCUGCGACGUGUUAGAGGCCAAAAGCUGCUCCAACUUACAGAGUUGUUAAAUCAAGAAGAAACAAAACAGGGUUUGACUGUAAACUUUACAGUCAGUUAGAGAGGAAACUGGCAAAAUUUAGAUUUUUAAAACUUAUUUUCAGGAGAUACAGAUACGUUUUUUUGUGAUCCAAACAUACUGUAGCAAACUGUUUUUCAAUUUUUUCUUUGUUUGCUUGUUUGAGUUCAUUUUUGACUUUGGAAACAGUAUCAGUACAGAAAUCUUUACUCAAGGUCCACUUACUAGCUUUUUUUCCAGCGCUUUCAAGCUAGUCGAUGGGGCUAAGAAGUCCAGUAUUGUGUAGGCUCUUCCACUGAGGAAGACUGUGAGAUGUGGUAGAAAGCCCCUUUUUUAUUUCCUUUUGUACUAAGAUCACUGGAAAACAAAAAGAGAAAUAAUUAACAACUACUGUACAUAUAUAUGCCUCAUGGAAAUCUUAUUUUUCAUAUUCUACACUACAGUAAACGAUAAAUUUUUAAAGUGAGUGCUCUUUCCCUUAAAUAUUAGUUUUUUCUACCACUGUCAGAGAUAGUUAUUGGCCUGGGAUGUUUUUUUAAUGUCAUCACGUCACCUGCGAUCAGAUUAGAGUGAGGAAAUGAUUCAAUUCGAUAUGAGACUAACUCCAGUCUUCCCUUAAUUAUUUUCAAGCUGCCAGACUUUUACAGAGUUUUUACGAAAACCAUUGAAAUCACUAUAAUCUCAUCUGUGCAGUUUUGAGGGAAAAUUUGGGCUUUUCUAGCGGGGGAAUGAACGUUUUGGGUUUUUUAGCAUCAGUGUUUGUUGUCUCCUGGCUUUCCUCCAGCAGACUGAUCUCAUGCUCAUAACAAACGUUUGAAGAAAUCCCCUCAGAAGUGGACUGCUGACCCUGGAUCAGUCUCAAAAACGGCCUGCAGUCCAUUUCUACCAGACCAAAAAUUAAGGGAUAAAGGGUAAAGGGGAAUUUUCCCUUUUUUAUUUGAAUUAAAUGCCAAACAAGGACCAAAAUGUACAUAAAUACUAAAUUGUUUUAAUCUUGUUGGAAAUGUUUGUAUGACAAAUUGAACCGAAUAAAUCUAUUGAGAGAAAAAAUGAGUGAAUUUCUGGUUUAUGCAACUGUUAAAGUCCAAACAAAACCAAUUUACUGUGUGAAACUGAGAUGAUUAACUCAGUAAUUAAAGCUUUUACGAGCUUUAGUUUCA